AUGAAGAGGAGCCAUCCGAAUUUUGGUGAUUUGAGUCCCACGCACAAGGAGAAGAAGAGAAGACGUGGAAGAACAGAAGACAAAGAAGCAAAAUCAAAGAAGAAAGAAUGCAAGAGGCAGAGGAGUUCAGAAAAGCAGCAAAAGCCAGAUGAGUGCUGCAGGGAGGAGAAACGCAAACGGCAAGAGAGUGAUGAAGGAGCAGCUGGACCCGUGAAUAAACAAGCUCAACCUCCAAGGCCGAACCCGCUCAGUAUCUCCAGCUACAAUUUCUACUCCAAGCUGGGGGCAGGAGGAUUUGCCAAUGUUACGCUGGCAAAGUUAGGAGUCAAGGGGUCAUACGUGGCUGUAAAAUCCAUAAAGAAAACAGCACAGACCACGGAUGACAGUCUUCUAACUGAGGCAAAUUUGCUUAAGAUCGCCAGAGACAGCCCUUUCCUCUGCCAAGGCUAUGCUGCUUUUCAAACCCAGCGGCAUGCCUUCUUUGUCAUGGAGUUUCUGAGCGGGGGCAGCCUAGAGGAUGAGCUGAAGGAUCAAGGGACACUGCCCAUAGAGAGAGUACGGUUCCAUUCAGCAGAGAUAAUAUGUGGCCUGCAAUUUCUACAUGGCAAAGGCAUUAUCCAUCGGGACAUCAAACCCAUGAACAUCCUACUAGACCAUCAAGGACAUGCUAAAAUUUCAGAUUUCGGCCUGGCAGAGGAGAACAUCUUCCCAGGAGACACCACCACCGGCUGGGCCGGAACCCUGGAAUAUAUGGCGCCGGAGAUUCUGCAUAAAGGAACAUAUACUGCAGCAGUGGACUGGUGGUCGUUGGGCAUCACCAUCUGCGACAUGGCCACCGGCAAGUUGCCAUUUAACAACAGCGGCAACACCAAGGAGCUGAUUCAUUCCAUAAAAUACAAGGAACCCAAGAUACCUAAUGGACUGGAUGGAUAUCUGAAACAUCUUCUGUACAAGCUUCUAAAAAGGAAGCCAAAACGUCGCCUUGGACUGCGAGGAGACAUCAGAUGGCACUCAUUUUAUCAAUCCAUCAACUGGGUGGCGCUGGAAAAGAAAGAAUUACAACCACCUUUCCAGCCCAGAGCUCCAGCAGCUAAUCUAUUCCGGCCGUAUGAUGGGAAGCCGCCGCUGUCAUUCCUCAAAGAGGAUGAAGCCACUUCAGAAGAAAGAAACAUCAUUCCCGGCUUCUCAUUUUUAAGUUCCACCUGGCUGGACUCCACCUUCACCUGGAAUUCCAUCGCCCAAGGUAUGAAACUGCUUGGUAACAUCAGGCACUGGAAGCAGGAGGGGCAGUCGCUCAUCUGGUACAUCAGCCCUGACACAUUUGGGGGCUUUGAUCUGGCACUGUCCUGCAGAAAUCAGAAAUUGGUACCACUGAGAGUACGGUAA